AUGGCUGAGGUUGACGACAACACCAGAAAUGGCAUAAAAAACAACCCAAGUAUAGUUGGUAGUAUGCCAUGUCACAACAGCCUGAGGCGAUUGGCUCACUUGGCCAGAACUCCUACCAAUACUAGGCAAGCAGAGAUGAAGACGGGAUUACUUCAUAUUAUUUAUGCGAAUCCUUUCAUUGGUCUUGAUCAUGAAGAUCCCUACACUCAUCUCACAAAAUUCUAUGAAUUAGCUGGUAUGCUUGGUGUCAUACCCUAA